AUGGACUGGUUUGAUACCGACGGCAUCGAAGCACGAAGGCAAAUUAAAGCUUUGAAUAACUCGAUGAAACUGGGAGGCCGUGUUCUUCUCCGCAGUGCCGGUUUGCGGCCGUGGUAUAUCAGAGUGUUUGAGGAGGAGGGAUUCAAGGCCAAGCAGGUUAUGGCUAGACAUCCGGGAGCCUAUAUCGACAGGGUCAAUAUGUAUGCUUCAACCUGGGUGUGUACGAAGCUGGAGAGAGUGUCGUCGGGGAGGCGGGAGAGUAGCUCUUCGGAGGUUGAUAUGCUGGAAAUUUAA